AUGAAGCCCUUUGAGAAAAGAUGGUUGUUUCUGCUGCUGCCUGUUGUACUAAGAGUUGUCUGCUCCUCAUUUAUUAGUGUCAACCUUGGAAUGAAAGUGAUGAAGGGACAGUCUGUCUUCCUGUCAGAAGAUGACCUCAAGUUUUCCAUCCCCAGAGAGAAGGAUGCCUGCAAAGUAGAAGUUGUGAUUAAUGAACCAAUAACACAAAGGGCUGGGAAACUAACUCCACAGUUUUUUGACUGUCAUUUCCUUCCUAAUGAAGUCAAAUAUACCCACAAUGGCUGUCCGAUUUUAGAUGAAGACACAGUCAUGCUUAGACUGUACAGGUUUACAGAAACUGAAACAUUUGUAGAAACAUUCACCCUCCAUGUGCAGUUACUUGAACCAGACUGUAACAUCAUCAAAAUGCACUACCGUACCCUGGAGGUCCCCGAGUACUAUGGUCUGUCCAGGGCAAUUGACAAGAACGUCCUUGCUUUUGACUAUGACAGGAAGAUAAACCUGGAUUGCACCAUUUCCAUAGCCUCCUUGGAAACCCACCUGCCUGCUCAUGGCCAGCUCAUCAUUGGAGAAGUGCGGCAAGAGCACCUUCGUGGAGAUCACCCACAGAGCUUCUUCCCUGGCCCUAAGCACAGCCUGGGCCAGCAGUGCAGAAACGGGAGCUGUGUGCUGGGACUGGGAGUCAUUCACAACACAAAAAUGAGCUGUGAAGAAUUUCUGAGGGUGGGGAUUCGAUAUCAGCACCUUGACCCUCCCUCGCCUGACACCGAUUAUAUUCCUCUGAGGUUGGAUCUCACAGACAGCAGAAGCAAAACUCUGCACAAGACUGAGUAUGCAUGGCUUCCUGUUCAGAUUAAAGGAGCUAUUCCCAAUCAAAUACCCAGAGCUGCCCUGAUGGCAAAAUUCAUCCUUGAAGUAGAUCAAUUUAUUUUAACUCCCAUUACAACCACAACUGUUGAUGCUGAAGACAACGAAACUCCAAAGUCCCUGCUUGUAUUCAACAUUACCAAGCCACCUCCACGGGGCUUCAUCACUCACCUAUCUGACCACACAAAGCCUGUUGGCUCCUUCACAUGGAAAGAUCUGAGUGACAUGCUCAUUGCUUACCAGCCUCCAAAUAACAGCCACACAGAGAAGAGGAACUAUGAGGUGGAAUUUGAGGUUCAUGACUUCUACUUUGAAAGGAGUUUACCACUCACGGUGCAUCUUUCUAUCAGAACAACAGAUACAAAUGCUCCUCGGGUUUCAUGGAAUACAGGCCUCAACCUCCUGGAAGGGCAAUCCCGACCGAUCACAUGGCAACACUUCCAAAUUGUAGACAAUGAUGAUAUCCAAAAUGUUCGCUUGGUCACAGCUGAUGGCUUACAUCAUGGGUGGCUCACAGUGAGAGGAGGGAAAGGAUUCAUGUUCACAGUCUCCGACAUUCAGGCUGGAGUUGUUCACUACCAUCAUGAUGACAGUGAUUCUACUAAGGACUUUGUGGUAUUUAGGAUUUUUGAUGGCCCCCACAGUAUUCGCCAUAAGUUUCCAAUCAAUAUCCUCCCUAAAGAUGACAGCCCUCCAUUUCUUAUCAGCAAUGUGGUAAUUGAAGUUCAUGAGGGACAGAUGAUCCUGAUUCAAGGCUCUAUGCUUCAGGCUUCUGAUAUGGAUUCCAGUGACGAUUACAUACUAUUCAAUAUUACCAAGCCACCACAAGCUGGAGAAAUCAUGAAGAAACCACGACCAAACUUGAUAGGGUAUUCUGUCAGCAGUUUUCUUCAGAGGGAUCUAUUUAAUGGAAUAAUUUACUAUCAUCAUUUGGGAGGAGAAAUAUUUGAAGAUUCCCUUGAGUUUGUGCUGUGUGACAGCCAUGACCCUCCCAAUCUCUCAGAGCCACAGGUGAUGAUGGUGCACAUUACCCCUGUGGAUGAUCAGCUUCCCAGAGAAGCCCCAGGAAUGACCCCUCACCUGGUUGUUAAGGAGACUGAGAUUGCUCACCUAACUAAGAAACAUCUCCACUUCAUAGAUGUGGAAGAGCAAGACAGGGAACUCACAUACACCAUAACCACCACCCCAUUUUUCUCUUGCACACGUGG